AUGCGCGAAUUGAUACAGACUCUAAAAGAGAACAAGAUACCAGUCUUUGCGCCUGGAGAGCCGCAAUACGAGCGAUCAGUGGCCACGGUCAACCUCUUCUACCGGUUCGCAAGACCCGACUGCGUUGUCCAGCCACGAAACGCGUCUGACGUCCAAGCCGUUGUCCGAGAGGCGAGAACAAGACGCAUCCACAUCACGAUCAAGAAUGGGGGCCAUUCAUACUCGGGCGCCUCCACCGCGGAGAAGGGAAUCUCACUAGAUCUGAUGCAGAUGAACGGCGUCACGCUCAACAUGAAGACUAAGCUUGCCACUGUCAAAGGCGGCGCACAAUGGGGCCACGUUUACAAGCAGUUUGUGAUCCGCAAGAUUGACGGCUACGUUGUCAACGGUGGACGGUGUCCCACGGUGGGAGUCAGCGGCUUCACCCUCGGAGGCGGCCUCAGCCCGUUUACCAGGAGCUUCGGAAUGGGCUGUGACUCGCUGGAGGAGGCUACCAUAGUCACUGCUAGCGGAGACAAGGUCAAGGUCAAGAGGAGCGAUGACCCUCGAUCCGAUAAAGGCAGGCUCUUCUGGGCGCUCUGUGGCGCGGGGGGAGGCAACUUUGGAGUUGUCGUCGAGAUGAAGCUGCGGAUCGAAAAGCUUCAAGGCAACAAAGUCGUGGCAGGCAGAUACACCUGGCACCCGGACUUUGGCCCGAGCCAUCAUCCAAGAAGGUCCGCGGACUACGCCGCUACCAUGACGCAGUUUUAUACGGCAGAUUUCCCUACAGAGCUCACCAUUGACAGCACGUGGCUGUGCGAUCUUCAGGAGAGCAGAGAUGCCAUCAGGUUCCUCGUCUACCACAACGGCGGCAAAGCAGAGUUCGACAAGGUCAUUGACGACACCAUCUCCUCCGUUCCACUGGCGACGCAGCUCAAAAGGCGCUCUCUCGAAGAGUCAUCUUGCCGCUUCUUGCAUGAGACGCUUGUUACUCAAUGGUCAGAGGAGAUUGAAAAGUCACUUCCAUUGAACCUAUCUUUCAACAACUACGCCUCCUUUGUUUUCGAAAACGAUCGACGAGAUGUAGUUGAGAAUAUCUCGCGCAUCAUCCGACACAACAUGGUCAGGUUUCGAGAAAAGUUCACCGGGGAUCGCGGUUCGCUGCAAGUCACCUGGAUACACGCAGGCGGGCAAGCUGCUUCCAGAAAACCGUCGGACACGGCAUUCUUUUGGCGCAGCGGCGUUUUCCACACAUACAUUACAGUGCAGUGCUUUGAGAAGUUUCUGGUGGAGGAGAUGGGAGAGUUCCUCCACGACUUCAAGAAGCAGCUGCGGCCGUAUUCUCUAGAGGGAAAAGCUGCCUUUAUCAACUUUGCGGACAGGGCACUGCCAUGCGAUCAGCACGAGGAGGCAUACUUUGGUGAUAACAGGGCAGAGUUGCAGGCGGUGAAGCAGAUUUGGGAUCGAUCCAAGUAUUUCAGAUGGGGGCAAGGGGUUCGU